AUAGAGAAAGCGGUAGUGUGUGUGUACAGAAACAGAUGGAGGAUUUCUGAUUGUGUAGAAAGUUUUAUAUAUAAUGACAGCUUCAGAGCCAAAACUUAUUUUGUUAUUCAGCGGAAAACGGAAGUCUGGGAAGGACUACGUGACAAAUUUAAUACAAAAAAGGUUGAGUCCAAAGCUGUGCUGCAUCCUCCGGCUUUCUGCUCCACUUAAAGAGCAAUAUGCACAGGAGCACGGGCUGGACUAUGAGCAGCUGUUGGGAGCGGGGCAGUACAAGGAGCAGCACCGGGCAGAGAUGAUCAGCUGGGGGGAGAGCAAGAGGCACCAGGACCCAGGCUUCUUCUGCCGCAAGGUGGUGUGUGGAGCCGCUCAGCCCGUGUGGAUUGUGAGUGACUGCAGGCGCUUGUCUGAUUUGCAGUGGUUCUGGAGUGAAUAUCCACAGCAGUGUGUGAGUGUCCGUGUGGAGGCCUCUGAGCAAACCAGGGCUCAGAGGGGAUGGAGAUUCACUGCAGGAGUAGACGAUGCAGAGUCUGAAUGUGGUCUGGAUCAGGGCGUGGACUUUGACUGGAUCAUACAGAACGAUGGAAAUGGCACUCUUCUCGACGGACAGCUUGAGGGACUGUUGGCAUUAGCUAGGGAGAGGACACAAGAGCACCAAUGCACACAAGAUAGUAUAAAAUCAAAUGGACAAUGAAGAGGAGACUUAUCUGUGGAACAAAAGUAUUAUGUCUGGUUAUUGUAGACCAUGUUUAUUUAAAUGAAGGGGCUGUUUUUGAUAAAGAGUGACAGGCAUUUAUAUUAAGAUUUGCAAAAUAUGUUGCUGUUUACUGUCAUAUUGCAUUUGUGACUUAUUGUGUCUUAUCUUUCCUUGAGCAAUGUGAUUAGAAAUUGUCCAGGUCAAACAUUUUGAGGGAACUGUGAUCAGUGAUCAACAGUUAUCACCACUUGAAUCCCAAUUUUUAGUAUUUUGUUUUGGACUUUCAUCAAGACAUUAUCAUGUUUCUCAUACAUUUUUAAGGGAAAGCUCAUCAGCAAUUAAUAAUACAAAUCCCAAAUACCGGGAGUGCCUGAGCAAGUCCGUUAAACCUUAACAGAUUUCCUUGAAUUUGAUUCUACCUCACUUGUAAGUAUUUUAGAUAAAAUUGCUAAAAUAAUAAUAAAUUAAAAUGUAUUAUACCACAA